GACGCCAUCAAGAGACACUUCCCCCGGCCCCUCCCAGCUCCCUCCACUCACUCCGGCGCCGCGGCGGAGCCACGCGAGGAGGUAGUACCGCAAUAGGAAUGACGGUGAACACACCUCUCUGUUUUAGAGGAAAGAAGAUCCUGGCUCCGAUGGUGCGAGUGGGAACGUUGCCAAUGCGUCUCCUUGCCCUGGACUAUGGUGCUGACAUCGUGUACUGUGAGGAGCUGAUUGACAUAAAGAUGCUGCAGUGUAAGAGGGUUUUAAAUGAAGUACUUGAGACGGUGGACUUCGUUGCACCUAAUGAAAGAGUUGUUUUCAGAACUUGUGAAAGAGAGAGGCACUGUGUUGUCUUUCAAAUGGGUUCAGCAGAUGCUGAAAGAGCCCUGGCAGUAGCUAAGCUUGUAGAGAGUGAUGUAGCUGGUAUUGAUAUCAACAUGGGAUGCCCAAAAGAGUAUUCUACUAAGGCAAGUAUGGGAGCAGCACUGCUAUCUGAUCCUGAUAAAAUAGAGUCUAUAUUGACUACUCUUGUUAAAGGGAUUUGUAAACCAGUAACCUGCAAAAUCCGCAUUUUGCCAUCAGUUGAGGAUACUGUUAAUCUGGUAAAGAGAAUAGAAAAAACGGGUAUUGCUGCCAUUGCAGUCCAUGGAAGGAAGAAGGAGGAGAGGCCUCAGCACCCUGUCCACUGUGACGUGAUCAAAGCCAUAUCUGAAGCAGUCUCCAUUCCAGUAAUAGCAAAUGGAGGAUCUCAUGACUUCAUCAAAGAAUAUACGGACAUUGAGACCUUCCAGAAAGCAACAGCUGCCUCAUCAGUAAUGAUAGCUCGUGCUGCCAUGUGGAACCCAUCUAUCUUCAGAAAAGAGGGUCUUUUCUCCUUGAAGGAAGUCAUGCAGGAUUACAUCAAAUAUGCAGUGAGAUAUGAUAAUCACUAUACCAACACAAAAUACUGUUUGUGUCAGAUGUUAAGAGAACAGUUGGAAACUACUCAGGGCAAGAAGCUGCAUGCUGCACAGUCCACACAGGAGAUAUGUGAAGUAUUUGAAAUGGCUGACUUCUUUGAAGAAACAACAGCUAUUUUCGAAGCAAAGAAAACAUCUUUAGAAACUGAGACACAAGGUGAAGAUGACCAAAUGGAAGAUCCAGAUGUAAUAAAAAUGGCUGUUAGAUUUGACAAGCGAGAUUAUCCACCACAGAUUACUCCAAAAAUGUAUCUUCUGGAAUGGUGUAGGAAAGAAAAGCAUCCUCAGCCUGUUUAUGAAACUGUUCAAAGACCACUGGAUAGAUUAUUCUGUUCAGUAGUGACAGUAGCUGAGCAAAAAUACAGAUCAACUCUGUGGGACAAGUCAAAGAAACUAGCAGAACAGGCUGCAGCUAUUGUCUGUCUGAGAACAUUGGGUGUCCCUGAGGGAAAGCUGUGUGAGGGAGAAAAUCACCUGAUUAACAAACGCAAGAGGGAAGACCUGGAGUGCUUGAAUAACAGAGACCACAGAGAAGAUCCUGCUGAGCCUUCCCAUAAAAAAGCUAAUUUUAUUGAAGAAAAUUCUGACAUGAAUGUGCCUAAGAUGCCACGAUAGCAUGGGAAUUAAAGGUUUCACACCUAUGCAGCUACAAAUUAUCUCCUAUUUGUAUAUUUUGCUGUUCACAUUUCAUUUGGAUUCUCCUGGAGACAGAUGAAUUCCCUAGUUGUGAAAAAUGCCAAUGAGAUGUUUACUGUUCAUCACUCACUGUCACUAUGGUGCCUUUCAGACGAGAUAAAUUAGCAACAGGAUUUUAAAGAACAUUGAGAAAAUUAUCCCAAAUAAUAUUUUUUUAAAAAAAAUCAGACAUUUUGAAAGCAGUUUUGCCAUUGGUUUUAUUACUCGUUUCUUACUUUUGAGAAGUCUACAGUGUGCCGGUAAGAGAUGUAUGAAUACAUAAUAUAACACAUAAUACAUGCAUAAGCAGAUUGAUUUAUUAUGAAACUAUGUAGUUAAUCAGAAAAAAUAAUGCAGGAAAAUAUUAGUAGCUAAGUAGACGUGGUUUUGUCAAAUGAGUUUUAUGCAUGUCUUGCAAGCUUUUUUUACACCCAUCAUAUAUCAAGAAAAAGUUUUUUGCAGAGAGAAGGACUUAGAAAGUGUAACGCUAAGCAUGAAAGUAACAUUCUUCUGUCAUAAUUUCUACUAUGUUUUACCCUCCAGAAAUAGGACAAUAAGAAUUAACCAUCCUUUCCUUGUCUUAGGUAUUACAAUUGUGCCUUUCCAAUAAGGAAUUGGAGCCAAGCCUGGUAGCCACGAAUUUGUUGAAUGAAGGCACUUUGAGCUGCUUUGUUCUUUUGAACUUGGAAGUUUGAGUAAAUGUCUACAUGUAUGUUACUUGCAAUAAUGGGCAUCCAAAUAUGGCCUUAUGUGUUUGUUCUUGAAAUGUGACCUAGUUUGCCUCAGUAUUUAGCUGUUAGUGAUACUGGUGGUCUUAAUCAAAGGCACAUGUUCUCUUCUUAGUUAGCCAUCAUAACUUCCUAUUAAAGUAAAUUAUAAGUAUGUGCUAUAUGCCAAGAGAGGAUACAGAACCAGUCUGAUUUCAUGGUAAUCCAGCUGAGCUUGUCUGAUUUAAAUUAGAGUUUUGAAUCCCCAAAAGAAUAUCUUCAUGGCUUAAGGGAAUUCAGGAGUUUGUUAUUAACAGUUUAUUGAAAUGGUGGUUUACUUUCCAUCAACAGGGUGAGGGAUCUUCAGAUUAUCAGUUCUAGUCUGAAAGCAAAAUGACAGGGAUAUCAUGCCAUGAUCUGUAAAGUAUUUUGUAUAAAGAAGAUACAAAAUAUAAUUCAUCUUUCUAUUUAAAACUUUGAAUCUUUUUCCUCAAGUGAUAGUGCCAGUAUUAAACCAUUCUUUUACAACAGAAGGAUAAUAUCUCACCAGAUAAUGUUCAGACUUGUGAAAUUAAAUAGAUGUGUGUUCAUAUUUAAAAUGUCUGCUGUUUACAUCAGAGCAAUUUAUAGUAAAUCUGUAUGGUCUAAGAAGAAGAAAGUUUUUCUUGAUCACUUUGUACAUCGCAGUAAAUGUAGUUAAAUAUACUUACAUUUGAUAUAACUUUUAGUGCUAGAAUUUUACUUCUAAGCAGCGAAAGAAUUUGCAGUAUGAAUGAGAAAUUUCAGAAGUGGCCAUUUUCCUGUUGUGAGUGCUAUCUGAGUACCUUGGUUUUGUCACGACUGUUUGGAGCCAUCAUAGAAUAAUAGAGAAAAAUUCGUUCUUAGGUCCUGCUAGCAGUGCGGCAUGCAAGGUCUAAUAUCAUAGAACGUUUGAGCUUGGAAGGGACCUCUGGAGAUCAUCUGGUCCAACCCCCCUACUCAAUGCAGCGUCAGUUAGAGCAAGUUACCUGGGAGUGCGUCUAGCUGAGUUUCAUGUAUCUCCAAGGAUUGGGACUCCAUGACCUUUCUUGGCCACCUCUACCAGUAACAUAGUAAAAAAACAAACAAGUGUUUUUCUUCUUGUGUCUACAUGGAAUAUCCUGUAUUUCAGUUUGUGCCCAUUGUCUCUUGUCCUGCCACUUAGCAGAAUCUGGUAUAAUUUCUUGUCACCAUUGUUUGUCUAAAAUUAAAAUUGAAUGUUUGGAUAAACCCCAAUUGUUAUAGGUGGUGGUGGUGCCUAAAUACAGCAUGGACUCGUGUGGCAGCAAUUACUGUGGGUUGGUGGAAAUUACAGUGGAGUGGGACCAAUGCAUAGAUAAGCCAGUCACGGUGAGCAUGUACUUUCUGUCUUGGCUCAUAGAAAAGCCCAAAUUAAAAUCACUCGGGAGGGUCUGCCACAGCCGAUACGGACCUCUUCCAGAAAGGGUAGGGUCAUUCAGUACAGGAGCCAAGGCCUUCAUAACAGUAUUUGUACCUUUGCUUUUUUAUUCCCGAUAUUUCAUCACAUAAUGUGAUCAUGCAUCCUUCCUGCCUCCUUAGCGAGGUGUAGCCCACGUAGGCUUUUCAUAUUGUUUCCUUCCAGCAAAUGACUUAAAAUGCAAUUCAGAGCACAUGUUUAUGGUGAGAGAUAGGUGACUCCAGGGGCCGUUGAGAAUGUGUAAAAUUUAGGUUUAUGUUGAACAGCUGAGCAGGUUUCUGCAGUACGCUGUCAAAAAUUCACAUGGAACUAUAGCUGAGGAUAGAUGCCUAAACAGAGGUCGUAUGAAUAAUCCUCACAUGUAGAUGCUUUACUAGUCAUCUUAUGUUACAGAAUAUGUGCCUUGGUUUGGUUGAUGGAGAGAAUUGGAUAAUACGGAUGUGUAGUUCUCUAUGAGCUGAACCAAAUACUAUGUUAAUGCUAGUCGGUGAAGUAUAGGUAUUAUAUUUAUAUUCAAUCAAAUGGGUGAUAAAGUUGGGGGGGUGUUUCUGUUUUCUAAUAAGUGCAUGUUUUCAGAUCCUUACUUAAAUUAUUAUGUGGUCACCAAUGCUCAUACUUACUUCUCUUAAUUCAUUGUAAUAGUUGUAUACAUUAAUGAGGCUGUGCUGUAAUUACGAUGGCCAUAGCUAGGCCAAAGAGAGCAUGUGAAAAUGAGAGUGAGGAGUCACUCUGUUGGAAUGAGCAUUCAAUGCUAGAUAUAGAAGGGCUGUAAAUUCUGUGAAAUGGCUAGAAAGCAUAACAUGUUUGACACCCUUGAUCAGUUUCAGAAAGAACUAAAGAAAAGCUGCAAUGGUAGAUAUGUGUACAUGCAUGUCAGAAUGUUUUGGUUUAGUGACUUUAUUACAUGCUUUCAUUCCUCUUAACUCUAUCACAACUCAUGUGUGACGUGUUAUCCUACUUUGAUCAUUCAGUUCAUCCUAACCAGUUCUACAGAUAGGAUAGUUGUAUUUACUAUGUAUGUUCCCUUCUCAACACUGCUUUUAAAGUAAUUACCUCAGUGGCAGGUGCUUUCCAUCUAGAAAUUGUGCUGUUCACAUUAGUUUUAAAGAUCAAACUACACUGGUGACUCGUCUGCAUGAGUUGUUCCUGCGCUUCUCUUGUCUGCUGUACCUUUCAUAAACAGAAGGUGGCAGAUUACUUUUUAGUUUUUUCAGAAAAAUACACUUACUUCUGCAGUAUUUAACGAUCGAGCCAUUGCAUUGCUGCAUUCUUGCACAGGAUGACAAUUGAGACCACAGUUGGGCUGGAGGAUAUUUAGCCUCUCUCUUUGGAAAUAUUUUAUUUUUAUUUUAAUGUGGUGUGAAUAUGAUAUUUGGUCAAUACUAGCAAAGCUGUGCUCUAUUUUAAGUAUUUGCUUAGUGAAAAUGUUUCACUACUAAUCCUAUGGAAUUCAGUGAAGCAACUGGGUUUUUUCUGUCACAAGGCUACAGCAAGCAAACAAAAAAGCAGUUUUGUUUUGUUUCUUGAUACUGAUACUGCAGAAACAAUUCAUAACGAUACCUGCCGAAGUGUGAUCCAUGGGUAUGGGGAGAACUGUAACUGUUCUCCCUGUAGCCUACAUGUACUCUGCUUAUUAGAAAUGUGAAUGGGAAUUUAAAGAUAUUUUUACUAGCCUUUUAGCAUGGAUGCACUCACUGUGGGGCUACCUCCAGGGCCUUGCUGGCUGGAACGAUUUUUGGAAUGUCCUGGGCUCUGAGCCCAACCCCACCCUGGAAUGUGAGGUUAAACGUUGGCGGUACAAAUACAGAGUUUGAAUAUCAAAAUCCUAGAGUUCCCCAGUACUGCAAUUUCAGAAAGCUGGCAAGUGAACCACAUGUCAGCUCAGCUGCUCUCUGAUUCAAAGAGUAAGCAUGCUUUGGGUUGCUGGGGGAGGAGAAGGAGGUAGGAGGUUGUUUGGUUUGGUUUGGUUUUUACUUACCCGUUAGGACAUGCAGAAGGACAUGAUUUUCAAAGAUGUUAUCUGGCAAGAUUGUAAGAGGUCCCAAACAGGUGUUAGCUAGAAAGGAGUCUUCAUUCACAAAAGCAUUUUAUUGUCACUUCUUUAAUCAAACCUACAAACUCAACAUACUUGAGAGCUAUUGCAUUAUUAAACAGGAUUCUGCUUAUGUUUGGACUGCAAGUCAAGAAGCUCUGUUGAUGAGAUGGCCUGUAAGGCUUAAGUUUCCAUCUGUAGCACAGUGCAGGAGGCCAAUGUUUGAGGCUUUUAUUCAGAGUUUCUGAUGACAAAGCUGAUGAGGAACAUUAAAAACAAGACACAAAGCCUUUGGUGAGGAGGGAGUGCCUCGUGUAUUGUUAAACAACAGUUGCCUAGGUCAGUUAAGGAGAAGAAUUGAUGAGCUCCAGAGGGAAUCUAGUCUGGUCAUCCUUAUUCAAAGGAGUAUCAGCCUCAGUAUGAGAGGAGGCUUAAAAAAUAAACACUUGUGGUGUUCACGUAGCUCCCAAAUGAAACUGUGUUGUAGGAGUUAAUGUGAAUCUGCCUGUUAAAUAUCUGUUAGAUAAACAGAUAAAUAAAUAAAUACUCUUCCCUUGCCCUGGCAUAGUGGGAGAGUCUCUGGUUUCCAUUUUUAGAAAGUUAUUGUGAGAGAGGGAUCCUCUUGUGAGAGUUUACAAAGCACUGUAGUACAUAUGACACUUUACUUAUUUUAACUUAAUUUUCCUUGGUAGUCUCUAUAUAUUUGGUAAUCCUUCAGUGUGUCGUCGUGUUUGAUACGAAAAAUGAACUUCCUGUUUAACUGUCUUUAAAAAUUAUUGUGUGGUGAUAGUAACUGAAAUGGUUAUUAUCUAUCAAUAGUUGUGAACAUGGAUUUUUUUUUUUGUUAGUAUUCUAUUGUGUAGAGCUGACAGAACUGGAUUUGAGUACAGAUCUUCAAUCUGUACUUUUUAGCUGUUUUAAAACUGUAUAAACAUUUUACUUUUCCUAGUAAAGUUUUUUGUUAAUUUGUAGAUUUAUCUAUGCAGUGUUAGGAUGCUGCGUGUACCAUGCAUGCCUCCUGUAUACUUGCCACUCUAUUCUGUGCACAGGUGCUAGCAAGGACUGUUAGCAUUUGAUCAUCGGUCUUUAUGUUAAAAUUCUUAAACAGAAAUUGGUAAAAUGGUUUCUCUCAUUGUGGUCUGAGAAAAGCUAGAGUUACAAAGAUAUUAAACAAAAAGCUAGUACUUUUUUACCUUUUUUAAUUUCAAGUGUUGGAAAGCAUUCUCCUUUUGACUUAGAAAAAAAGAAAAUUAGGCUCUAAUCAAACUUAAUUUGAAAGCUUCUCAGUGGCUUACGUGAUUUAAUUCAGUGCAUGCUUAUUUACUUAAGAAAUUAGCUACAGCAAUUUUGUUUGGGUUUCUCAGACAGCAAGGACACGAAUGCAAUUUAGUACUUCACUAUUUCACUAGCUCUCUGAAUCAUUAUAAAAUUUAAAGCAAAUUUCUUGGCCAUCUGUAUAUCUGUUCUAAUUACAUACUCAUAAGUUCCAGGCUACAAACAAUUUAAAAGCUGAAACCAUUGUCGUUGUUUUCUUCUCGCUGUGCUGAAAUAAAGCCAAAUCCUGGACACGAGACAGAACAUAAGUAAACAUGUGUGGGUAGAGGUACCUAUACGAACCACAAAACCCCUGAGAUCUUAAGAGUGUUAAAAACAAUAUGGGACAGUUUCGCUUCAGCAGAAGCAUGCAUUUAUUUCCCCUGUAUGGCAUACAAUGCUCUUUUUUUUGUAAUUUUUUGCAGAAGCUAAUUGAACAUUCAGUAUUAAGAUCCCUAGGUGAGAGGGAAUGGCAGAUGAAGUGUUCUCAGGAGCAUCAGAAUGCUGUGACUUCAGAAAGCUGGAAUAUUAAGACUGUAGGAUUAACCAGUAAAUCACUGUACAGUUAGACCAUGAUGCCUACCUGUCGUAUCAGUGACAUGGUAAUUCUAGUUUACUGUCUUGCUGCCCUGUGACAUUUUCUUAUUACAGCUAAUACCAACUUUUAUAUUUUAUUCUGCCUGAGCAUGGAAAACAGUUGUAGUGCUUACAGUGUUUAUAGCUCUUAGGCUAUAUAAAUACUGCAUUAUGAAUCCUGAAUUAAUAGAGAUUUAAUAAAUUAUCUUCUCUCCCAUUAACUUUUAUCAGUAUGCCAAGUGUUGCCAUGUAGACUGUAAAAUCAGUGGUAGUUUGCUCGUUAGUAUAGGUAACAUGCAAGACUAUGCAGUGUGACCUGAGAUGUGUUCAUAUCCUGUAACGGCAGUGAUGCUGUGGUGAAGGGAUAAGUAGAGCAAAAAAAAAUGAAAACUACUCACUGAUGUCUUUCUGUACCAUAGUACUGGUUCAGCAUUUACCCAUUUUCUUCAUGUUCAUAUUCAGUAUUUAAACUCUUGUAAGUCUAUAGUAGAAGGAUUCUCCAUUCUUUGUUAGACACGAAAUGUGUAACACAUCAUUUAUUUAAAAUGGUGCCCUAUGCCAGUGCAUUACAGAAGCAAAUGCAGCUCAAAGUAUGAUGGAGGACACAGUUUCCAUUCCAUUUCUUCUUGUAGAGAAACACACUGAAGACAAACCGAUUUGUUCCGCCUCCGCUUUGUUAUUUUUUCAUACAUCUUAAUUUUUAAAAAAGUAAUUUAGAUAAAAAGAUUUUCCAGAAAGGCUUGAUGUAUUUCCAUGAAAGGAAGAGCUAACCUCAUCCUGAUAAAAAACAUCUCACAUCUUUACCUAUCACUGUAGACUGCUAUUAUGCAUACAAUUUCCCCCUCAACCCAGCCCAUGAAUUCACCAGAUCACCUGGUCGGAGAGAACAUUUCGCCCACACAGUUCACUCUUCUCACUUCCCCUGUGCUUUAGAACCCCACAUGCACGCUGUCGUCAUACUGAUGUCGUAUAUGGCCCAACAAAACAGACUGAUGAUGUUUCUUUGUGAAUGCAUGUAUGAAAAAUGAACACCCUCCUUUACAAAUUUUACAGGGUUUAUGGGAGCCGAAACAGAUCCUUAAGCCAUGAAAACUUCCCCUCUGGGAAAAUGAGAGAGGUAACAUGGUAGCUGUCUUGUUUUAGGACAUUCUAAUCCUCUAAUUAUAUCCUUACAAACUAGGUACCUGGGGCCACUGGAAAAUGCUUUUGUUCCAAGGCCAGAACUCUCACCUAGGUAUGUAGUUUAUUCCUACUGGUUGCAAAGAUAAAGUACCUAUCAGCAAAUAGGAGGGAUAUUCCUUAGUUUAGUAUGCGGUGAUACUCCCUUUUUUCUGUGUUGUUUCAGUUCUAGGAUCCUAGACUCACAGAAAGUAGCCGACUGUAUUCCUUCUUGCAUUAGUAAGUUUGGUUGGCUUUUCUAUAACUGACCUAAACUGAUUUUCACUAAAUAGAGCUCAGCCAUUAGAGAAGUUGUCAUCUGUAGCUUUUUAACAGAUUUUGGGAUACUGACAAAAGCUGAUCUUAACUUAUUGAGGCUACUCAUCACUCAGGUCAGUGUGGGUGGGAAAGAGGGUUUUCAGUUGGUAGUUCACAAUAGUUUCUGCUCAGUUGUUUUCUUGGCCUCACUAAGCUAAAGUUAGCUUUUGUAAAUACGAUUCUUUUCUACCACCUCAAUAUUUAGUGUAGAAAUGUCAGGCUGAACAAUCUUUUUGUCUAACCAUAGUCACCUUGUUAAUACCUGAAUUUCCAUUGCAAGCAUUUCUUGCAUCCCUAGGUGAACUAAAUUUAAUUUGGGAUUCAGCUGUUACACCUGAGUUACUAGAACAGUAUUGUACAGGCAUUGACUUCCAUUAAAGAAGGCAGUCAGCUGGAUGACAAAAAAGCAUAUCUGCUGUCUUCCUACCUUUGCUUGGAAAUGACUGCUUCUGUAGGUAGAGAUCACUAAAUAACACAAAUACUUCUUCUCUGAAUUCUGUAGUGCACAGCUGGUAACAUUGAACUGCUCUCAGUGUUGAUUUUUGUUAUGUUACUUCCUCACACUGUAACUGGGGUCCUCAAGAGCAUGUGCAUAUCCCUUCAGCAGGGGCAUCUAGUGUGGGGCAGAGCAGACAGCUGAGAGUGGCCACCACCUUUGACACCAACAAAAUCUGCCACCAAAUGCCAGUCAACACCUGAAGUACCUUGCUUGACAUGCCAGACUGGCUGGAACAGCAAUGUAGCAAGAAUACCUCAGAAGAAGGUGGAAAACGCAACUGGAUAGGAAGCUUUUUGCUGUAGCACCUGCACUCACAAUAAUACCUACGCAGGCAGUAAGGAUGUUUUAACUAAAGUGGAAUGAGCUGCUGAUUACAGGCCAGUUCUUAGCCUGAAACAUCCUGUUGGCAACCUCAGCACAAACAUCAGUGGCAGAAAAAGCAAAGAGCAAUUAAAGUUGGGUUUGGGUUUUUUUGUUUAGUCCUUUCAAGUACAUUAUCUCCAGAUCACGACUCAGGGUCAGUUAUAUGGGCUUCUAUGGAGUUUGAACUGUUACUGUCUGUGAUACAGCUGAUCUCAAAUAAUAUAAUAAUUUUCUUUUUUUGACACUUCUAUGUAAAUUAGCACAGACAUUAGCAAGAUGAGAAGGUACAGACCAACAGGAUGUGCAGUUGUCUGGUACGCUUCCUUGUGAUUCAAGAAAUGGAACUGGGAAAUGUCUGGCAUAUUUCUAUCCACUACCCAUCUAUUGACUGUUCAGUAUUUUGCGGACAAGUUCAUAACCUUUGCAUAGCAGAUAAAAGCUAUCAAAUUUAUUCUGCUAAUUUGUAUAGAUUAGUCCAUUAAUGAACAAUAUACAGUAUUGAGCUCUGUGAACAACCUGUGUAUAUAUAUGUACAAAUACACCCACAGUGCAUCAUGAACUGCUGUAGUUUAACAUAAAACUAGCACCAAGAGGAUCUUCCUUGAGAAGUGAGGAAGUGGCAUGAUCUGUCAUUAGUUUCCUCCUAACGAGAAACAAGUAUCUUCAACCACAUCUUUAGACUCCCACGCCAUUGUGGAUAUCAAGAUGUUAAGCUCGGUUUAUUUUAAAGGUCAUCAUGUGAAAUCUAACACAAUUUCUAAACUAUAAACAAAACAUAACUCCACAAAAGGAAAAUGCAGAUUAUCAAAAGUGAGCGAAACAACACAAUGUCUAAAAAUAGACUCCAACAUUACUUGUAUGACUUAAAAACAUCUGCAAUUAUGCACAGGGUUUGGGUUUUUUGUUGUGAGAUCAAGUUCAGGUCUGUGUGGAAUAUAGUUUUAUUAUCUAUAUUACAGCAAUAUCCAAAAUGGGCCGAGUGUUAAUAUGAAGUAUUUGCUAUGAAGAAUUUACCAUCUAAGAGAACAAACGUGAGAGGUAGGGCAGACAGGAUAUAACUGCAUACAAAGGGUGGAAGGUAGGGAGGAGCACAAAGCUGACUGACCCAUUUUUCACAAGAGUAGAGGAGAAGCUGGGGUACAUCUUUUUGUGCCCUCUGUGACAGAGAAAGAUGGAUGUGGUAAAGGAGGAGGAAGCUGAGGGACUCAGAAUGGACUCAUGUCAUGAUCAAGACAAGGGAUAAAGAAAAACUUCAUAUAAAGCAGCUUAAAGAAUGUGUUGUUGGAUGAACUGGUGAGAAGAAAAUUAAAAUAGUCAGGGAUCUGGAACUGGGGCUACAGGAAGCCCUACCAAUGUCAUAGAGUAAAAUUAUUUACUGUUUCCCUGAAUGCUUUUAUUAGUGAUUUAGAUGUGGUUCUGAGAUGCUGGAUAAUGUCAUGAAUUUAAAUCUACCCACAACAAAUAUGGGAAGUAGUGACAUACUUUCUUGUAUAUGAUUCUUUACAGGAGAUUAUUUAAAGUGGAGAUCAGCAUUGUUUCAAGUUUUUGCUAGUUGACUAUAAAGCUUUAGACUGAAUUACUUAUAAAGGAUGAAAUGCUGCAUAAAUUAGAUCGAUUAAAGUAGCAUAUUUUGGAUCUAAGUUCUCACAAACUUAAAAGCUAUUUAGGCAAGGAAUUUUGCCUCAAGCCCUUCUCUGUUUGAAAUUUUUAAAUUGGGUGCUUAGAAAGAAGGAACUGGUAUCCUGUACUUCAUGGGGACUGCAUGGGGUUUUUCAUGAAAAGUAUUAUAUUUUACUGAGAUGGGAGGUGAACUGAAGAAUGCCAAAAGGGGUAUUGAAUGACCAUCAGUUAAGGAAGUUGCUCCCUGUCCUUGAGUCUCAUAGAUGUAUUAGAAUGACACUGCAUUUGAACUAUGUUGCCAGUAUAUUCUCAGGAUUAAUUAUUCCUGAAAGAAAUAGCACACAAUUCUGAGAGACACUCAAAGCUACUAAAUAAACUGCUGUAGCAUUCAAUUCAAACGUGUUGAACACUUUCUUGAAAAGUGUGGAGAUAUAACUAAGGCACGGGACUAUGAAAGCUGACUUGACAUCUAUUCUGAGCUCUUUAUUGAGCUAUUCAUACUAACCAGUAAUUUCAUCCCUUCACAGUUCCAGUUCCUCUGUUAGCAUAAAGACGUUAUAUGUUAUCAAGGCUCACAUAAUAGGCUGUGGUUCAAAGCAAGGUAUCAGUCCUUGUCUCCUGCUUCUUGCUGCAACCUCCAAUGCUUAGUAACUCCUCUAGUGUGCCAGCACAGACACUUGCUUAUGGCUGCUUUAUUUUUCAAGUUAAUCGAUUCCCUGAUCUGAUUUUAGAGAAGACGGUAUUUUUUAAACCCUAGACAUCUUAUUGCCUCUUGCUAGUCUGCAGUAGGGAUCAUGGCAGCUGAUACACAAUUAAUCAAGUGUAGAAUCUACAAUUAAAUACCUUGGUUUACCUCUUUUACCCUCCCACUAUUCUUUCCUUAAAAAGAAUAAUAUUUUGAAACAAUUAUUGAAUCCACAGGACACGUCUAAAUGUUUGUCUGGGGAAUUAGUGCUUUGGAAAAGGUUUGGAUUAGUGCCUGUACAGGCUGAAGUCCUCUGCCUAUGAUUCAGAUACAGUGUGGUCAAGCCAGUUUUACAAGUGUGUCUUGUGAAGUCAAUUCUAGAAGAGUAACCCUGGACAUCUCUUCCUGACCCUGCAUUGCCCUCCCGGUUCUGCAAAUGCAACUGUGUGUACACCUAUUUGGCUAUCAUAGAAGAGAGAACUGAUGCAGCAUAAAAACAAGGCAGCAAAAUAGACUGUUUUUGUUGGGUGGAGUUUUUUUAUAACCACGGGCCACUGCCGCCAGGAGAACCGCUCAUGAAACACUCUCAUUCUCAUCUAGGAUGACUUUGAACGAGGCUAUAUAGUUCCUGGGCUGUCCAGGGCCCCACAGUUCACAUUACCAGAUGCUUUGGACAGUGUCUCACUUCUAAAUGAAAGAUGAAAAUAGAUACUUUUUCAACACAGAAGUGGCAGCUGUAAGUAUUUAAAGGGUAGAUAUUGGCAACUACAAAUGAACUGAAAUGGAAGCUAAGUGGAUUCUUGCAUGGCUAACAGACAAAUAGCAUUCUUGUACAAAGUGAGUUGUCUUUCCUGGCAGUAAGGCGGUCAGAGUUGCUUCUUGGCUGUGUAACAGAUGCUGUGCCUCUUCUGUAUGCACAUAAUAUAUCAGCAUUUAAUAUUUGGAGGGGGGUUAGUCUGCAGCAGACAAAACUUGUGACAAUUCAAAAUGUGGACGAGAGAUAAAAUAUAUUUCAUCUUGCAGCAGCUUCUGAGUUAACUGGUUUUAAUGGUAAAAGAUUAUUUUUAAAAUAGAGCUGCCAGAGGCUAAACUUUACAGAUCAUUAAAAUAUAAAGACUUUUUUCCAAAUUGUCAUCAGUUUCAAUUUUAAAGAAACUGCUAUGCAAUUGCCCACUCCUAGGAUAUUCCUAGGGCUUCCUAGUGAGAUUUCACUCCUUUCUUCUAAAUCAUGGUAUUCAUUCACUUUGUUUCAGGGUAUUAAUAGCCAUAGUAGCCAGCUGUCAGUGAGAACCUUGUCCAGUCCCUAGAGUAACAGGAGCCAAUAAAAAGGAACAUUUUUCUUUCAUUCCUUUCCUGUGGUUCUGUGAUCAUUUGCUACAAAAAGCAGAUUAUUUUGACAGUACCAGAUUAGGGAGUGGCUCCAUGUGUAGUCAGACUGGCAUAUCUGAGAGGACUGGCAACUACAGGCAAUGUGAAGGAGUUCGCCUCUUAAGACAGGUCAUCUGCACAAGUCUGACCAGGUCCUCAAGUUCACUAACACUCCCUCUCAGAUAAAGGUAGGGAAGGCGGAAACUCCAUUCUCAAGGUGACUUGCGAUACCAGUUCUUCUUUAACAAAACAAAACAAAAAAUGCUCAAUUUAUGUUCCAUGUGAUUUCUGAAAAAAAGACUUGAAGUUCUGAUUGCUCAGACAGGCAAAUGAGCUUGACCUUGGGCUUUCCUUGGCUAUGAGUGAGAGUUAGCAGAGAGACUUUGCAGUGAGAUCCUCCAUACUGGACUGGUCCCAAAGAGCAUAAGGGAUGGAAAAAUGUAAAUAGAAGGCAAAGGUUCAGGGGAAAGAACCGAAAGAAAACUUGUUCCAGGAUCUGCACUAACCUUUUUUCAAUAGUCUUUGAUGCUGCUCCUGAGAAUCUAUUAUUUUCUAAACUAACAAGGUGAUGACAUCUUCUAUAGUAUGUCUUCCUGAUGAAUCCAGGUACUUCUUACAGCUGCUGAGAUAGGUGACAGACAAACUAGACAUCGUUAUCUGUGAACCAUAUAACAUAUAUCUGGGAAAGCAUAUAAACUUUUUGACGUUAUCCACUCUUGAACUUUAAGGCAGAUUGGCAGAAAUAAUACAGUUGGCUCCAGGCUCCAUGUUCCUACCACAUCUAAAUAAGCCUAAAUAAGAUAGAAGUUCCUUUAAAAGGAUUUAUGCAUUUUAAUUUUAAUCUGACUCCUAGCUCCAUAUUUUUGUCUAUAGACUAAAAAAACCUAAACAUGCACGAUUACCAAGAGUCAUUUCUAAAGGGAAAGACUGGGGAGGGAAGAAGCAAAACAAAAAAGUCCCUCUGUUCCCUAAAAUAAAAGCAUAUUCUUUGGAAUCUCUUUACAGAGAUUCUAUAUAGGGAGCACAUACAUUGGUCAGUAUGUCAAAGGUACUCAGUCUAGUCCCACUCCCCUUCAGAAACUUUACCAGGCUCUGGCAGUAUCACUGGGGAGGCAGAUAUGACCUGUAAACAGACUAAGCAUUAGGGAUUAGCUCCUACCUUAUGCCAAAACAAGUACUGUAUUAUAUGGAGUUAUAACUCAGCCUUGUAUUCAUAAAAGUGGGGAAUAAGCAGCCGCUUAAUAGUUCUUUUCUCAGUGUUGCAGAGCCUUUAAAAAUCUGUCUAUAAUUUUUUCCCUACAAAUGCCUAUAUUGUGUAAUCUGAUUUGGGGAUAGGCAAACAUAGUGGAUCUUGGAAGUUUGUGAAUUUAUGUGUGGUUAUAAAAUAGUCUGCAUAUUUUAAUUUUUAAUUUUCCAAUAAACUGCAAGAGUCAGUAACAAUAAGUUUGUUCAUACAAAAGCAGUAUGCAACUGCAAUGGUAUCUGGGAUGGGAGGGAGAAGUAGAGACCCCCCUGAAGGCUAAGCAGAGUCAGUUUAUUAUAAUGUGAUCUUAGCUGCGUGUGACCCUUUUUAAGUGGAUAUCUCCUUGGUCCUCAUAACACAAGUCUGAAUUAUAGGUGGAAGUUUUUUUGUUGGAAGAAAAGGGCAACGUCAUGUAGUUUGUGCACAGACAAAAUGCCAGCUGAACUGAGAGUUCUGAAUACGUAACUGAGAGAUAUGACCCUUUAAAAAUUUUGCAGUUUUAAUAAGAGCUGUCUCUACCACACAAGCCCAAUUUUGCACAUUUAGUUAAAUGUGCUAUGAUACGGAUUUGGAACAAAGCAGCCUAAAGUGCAUGUUUUCAAGGAAGUCACUGAAUUCUACUCAGACUGUUUAAAUGGCACCCCUGUGGUUUAAAAGAGUUAAAAGAGUUUAAAAGAGUUUAAUUAUUUAAAGGACAAGUUUUGUUGCCAUCUUUAACUGACACCUUUUUGCUUUCCAAGAAUUUUCCUUUAAUUGACUGCCUAGAUAAGUAGCAGAAACAUCUUAUGCUCAGACAGGAUGGCAGCUGUAGUAUGAUGAACACCUUUUCUCGUAUCAGUCCCAACUGGUCAUUUCCCACAUAUUUGUCACUGUCUCAGUUGUGGCAGUACACUUGUUUGUGGAAUUUUGCGGUAAAACAGACUAGGGUAUCAGUACAGGUUAAAAAGAACCCCCUAUCCACACCCUUUCCACUAACGCUCCAAAUUUGUUUCAGGGGCAGCAAGGGAGAAAGAAAAGGAAGGGAACAAGGAACGUGGAGGCAAGGGUGAUUUAAGUCAGCACUGCUGACAAAAGCAGCAUUUAUCAGACUCUGUCCUGUAGAUAUUAGCUACCUGGUUGACUUGGAUGUCUGUGACAUGAGAAAUCUGUUAAAGACUUCCCAGCAGAGCUAGUCCAAGGAUGUAUAAACCAUACCCAUUUCUUUCAGAAAAAAAAUACCUCAUCUGUCAGAAGCGAGAAUUGCCGUUAUGGAAGUUAUGUGCUGUUUCUUUAGCUGCCGUUGGUGAGAUAGAGCAGUCUGCUGGAGCUACAGCAUGAAAAUUUUUGUGGACAUGUACACCAUAGCCUGUCCCUGCAAAUACCUGCAUUUGUCACAUAAAGCUGUUGGUAAAAAAAAUUUCAACAAGUCUAAGUAAUUCAAAAGUUCAAGUUCCAUUUCAGAACUAAUAUUGGAGACACCAUCCCACUGACUUAAAAUGAAAGACUGAUAAAUUUGUAAGGCAUUUUGGAAAUGAAAUUUAGUUUCUGGAAGUAACUUAUCUACUGUAGACAAUUUAUUCUGUCCAUAGCUAAGACCCUAGUCCUACUGCUGGGUAUAGUCACGCUUCAUUUCAAAGCACUGCCAUAAAAACUUGUUGGUUGUCAGAGUUAUUAUUCAGAUUAAUUAAGAGAGGCAUUUUUGAUUUAGUGCUAUGUAACUAAAAAUCAGAAGUUGUCUUUCAAGUUGAAUAUGUGGGGAUUUUUUUAACUUGUAAAACGAAAACAAUUAUUUCUUCUUUAACUGCAUGCAACUUUUCAGCUUUCACCAAAACUUCACUUUACCAUCCCAUUGUCUCUUUUAGUAACAAGAGGCAAAGUCAGUUUACACAGGAUAAAAGUCUCACCGUAAUCUAUUUUUAGAACUGAACUUUUUCCUCACAACUCUUGAAGACAAAACACCAUGUGAGAAGUUGACUACUCUCAUCAUAUUCCAGCUGAGAACAGAAAUAAAAAUGCCAGCAACAUCAUAAGUAAGUCUUUUUCUCACAAGACUUACAACACACUUUUUUCUGACAGAAAGAGUUAAGAUGAAUUUCCAAACUCUUAGAUGUUUAUCUGAACUAUACCCACAUGUUUGAACCUUUUGUAGCUCUUACUUAUAUCCGAGACUAAAAAAUACAUUCGUCAGGAUCAUGGCUCAGAACAACAAUCUUCCCUAGCAGAUAGAUUGUUUGUUUUCAGAGUUACUGCCAUGAAUUCUGGGGAGAGGGAUAAAUUGAUGAAUCAUUGCUGAAAUGCUUUAAAGAUUUCCUCUUACUUGAAGUACGUUUCAGUCCGUUUUUUCCUGAUGAUUUACUAUUGCAUAUCACUUAUUUCUGAUAAUGAUCCUUUUAAAUUAUUACCUUUCUGUUUACUGAAUGCAAAACGUAUCUCUAAAACUAAGGUUAACAAGAGAAAAUGCUAUAGCAAAUAAUUCAGUAGCCAUGUCUUUAUCACUUGGAAUAAACCUUAUUAUUUAUUUUUCAAACUUACUUUCUCCAAGUUUCACUGUUGAUCAGCCUCAUCACAGGUUUUCUUCUAAAGUCACUCUGCAGCAAUGUAUUUAUCCUUGAAAUACCAUCUGUUCAUUUAUAUACCUGUUCACAGUUCUUUUAGUGGCAUUGGUAAAGAACAUGAAUACAAGGCGAUGUGUUAGAGUUUCUCUUGAGCUAUUGCCCUUUGUGGGCAUGCACAGUGACUAGUACUGCUCUUGCGCUUUUAUUUCAUGACACAAAGCAUUUGGCAGUAGUACUAACGUAAGAUAGCCUUGGUCUGCAUUGCUUAUUGCAGCUACUACACCACCCCUGAACAGUUGCGCUGACACAGGUUUUUGUGGGGCUACACUGUGGAUCAGACCAGGGAACUUACCUGACCUGACCAAUCCUCCCCCACUCCCCCCAUGUUAAGGAUGAAGCUGGGUCGGGUCCCUUGGUCUGGCUCACAGGGUGGUCACACAAAUGGUUGUGCCAAAACGGCUGAGCAGAUGCCAUGCUUCUACAGCACAGAGGGAACGAGGAAACCAUUAAGCUGGUAUUGCCAAACACCAUAUUCUUAUUAGUCUCAAAGUACAAACAGAUGUAAAUAUUAAAUUUAUUUCCUAGUUCUUCUUGUUAUAACUGCAAUUUACCUUAAUGGCUAGGUUGCUGGUUUGAAGUAUAAAUGAGUAAAGGAGGGCGUUUUGAGGCUUAACUGUUAUAAUUUAUGAUGUAGCCUAAAUUAAUUUACUUAUUAAAAUUGAUUAAAAUGUUGUUAGAGAAAGAUCUCUACUUAAUAUACCCAGUUGGCAUUACCGGCAGUCUGACUGACUGGUGUGGAUCAAAGUGUUGCUUCUUUUGCUAAUUAUUCUUUAAUUGCUAAGUUAACAUCAUCUUUGUUUUAUUAUCUGGCACAGUAAAGAUACAGGUCUAACAGCAACAAAAGUCCUGCAAAUGGGGUCAGGUCUGGCUCUGUUCCCUAGAUUAGAGUGUGCUCUGGCAUUCAGUCAAACUGAACCGAUUCCAGUGUUUUCUCUACUGUACCUGACUUGGGCUGGCUUUUCCUGCAAGCCUUGUAGGUCAGAAACCUGUGAUUGUGCAUUUGCUGCCCUGCAUUCAUUCUCCAUAGAUGGUUGUUUGAACCAACCUGCAGAUACCCCAUGUUUUAAAUGCUUCUUAAAUUUUUUUUUUCCUCUCUCUCUUCACUUUGGCACGAGGCAAGCAAUUGGCAGUUUAUGUUGAAGCAGCAGGUUCAUACUUAUUAGUACCUUAUUUUUUUUGAAACUGGGUAUGUUCCGUUGGUACAAAUUGCUCAUCUUUAAAAUUAUUUUAUUUUUAUUUUAUUUUAUGGAGAAGGUGCGUAGAAGGCACAACAACAGAGGAACAGGAAAGGGCUCUAUGCAAAGCCCAGUCUUUCACAUGUCUGUUGUAGCCUUGUUGCAAAACUGGAGCAUAAUGAGAGAGCUCUGGUACACACCCAUAAGAUACCUCAGAGAACUGGCUCUGGGGCACAGGCAGGCGGGUUGUUGGUGAAGAAAACUAAGGUGAUAAAGUUAUGACCAAGAUGCAGGUUCCAUCCUGAUUUUCAAAGAGAGUGAAGGAAGAUCUGCUCUUUAAGCUGUGUGGGCUAACAUGGCUUAUUUUAACUGUAACCGAAAAGGAAGCGUUCGCUGCUGUGCUGUGUGAGCUAUGUAGGUGGCUGGGAGAGGUAACCUCUUCACCGAACCCAUUGGCCAUCGGACCAGGACGUGCAUCCGUAGCCUCAGAGGCAAUGGCGGCAGGCUGAGCUGAGCUGAAAAAACCUGCUGCUUCCUAAAGAAAGUGAUUCCAUUCCCACCUUAUACUGCCCCAGGCAGAAAAUUAACACAGCAGAAGUGAGUGAGAGGUUUCCAUCUGGUUUAGUGAGUUAAGUCAGUUCUCUGAGGGUCAUAUGAGAGAAAAUAUGCAGAAGCCCUCCUUUCCGUAACAGGGAAGUGUUAGACUGGUGUAGCUACGUCACCAAACCUUUACUCUGCUGGUUCUAGCUAACAAUUUAUAACAAGUCAUGCUGGGUGAUUUGUGACUUUCUGCUGAAAGAUGUUACUGUUUGCUUGUUAGAAGUAUCAGAUUUAGUGAAGUUUCAUCUGUUUAAUUUACUAGCUGCCAUAUUAGUGGAACCUAAAGCUAAUUAUAGUUUAAGACACUAUUUAGGCUGUGAAAUAUGGGGCUCAUAUAAAAAUGGUUAGUCACUGCCUGUUGGACAGCGGAUGGUCCCAGGGGUUCUCUAGGGCCUUGUAUCAAACAUGCAUGAAACUGAGCUAGCUGAGGUCCCUCCCUUGUGCCACUCAUGCUACUGUAAAAUGAGGCAGUUCAGGGAACCGAGACAAAAAGUUGCUUUCUUUGGAGAGCUAGUUUUUAACUGGCUCAAAUCCCUAAGCUGACUUACUGCACAGUGCUCACAUCAGCACAAAUCACUGAGCAGCUAAGGGCAGGGUGGAGGGCCAGGCUAUGGCAACCGUAAAUUAGGUUGGCUUAAGGUGUUAUAGAAAUACACCCUGAACUGAAGCAGAAAAAAAUAUAAAAAUUUCCCCUUAAGAAUACUCUUUUGCUUGAGGGAUUGAUCCAUUACCAAGAAAUGCAGAGAUACUAUGUACAAAGGAUUUUAAAUCCUACACAAUUCUAAUUUAAUUUUUAAUUUUGAGUCAUAUUUGGGCCAGUUAUAAAUAUUGAAGUAGAUUUCCCAAAAAGGAAUUAUUCCCACCCUUUUGUUUAAACACUUGUCAUUCUGGUGAUUUUAUGGGUUAAUUAGUUCAUUUUCUGAAAUGUAUUUCUGGGAUAUUUUCCCUUUAACUACUUCAACCCAUAACCUCGUGUUCUGAGAGUUACUUAACCUUUGGUCUUGUACAGUUUACUGGCAACCAUUCCUUUCCUUUUAGGAUUUUUCUUAUUUGUGAUUCUCUUAGCAAUAUAAACCACACAGAGCUAAUAUUUCCUAACAUGAAGCCUCACACGGUGCAUUGAUGUUACAUUUAAUCAACAGAAUAGUUUUAGAUAUUUCACAAAGUUAUUGACACCAGCAACACUGUACAUUAAUACCAAAUGUUUUAUAUCAUUUACUGUAAUAAGAGAUUGUAAUCCCAGAUAAAAUGGUAUUAAAAGAUGGAUCAAAUCUAUUUUCCAACUAAAGGACUGCUAUAGGAAGGAGUUAACAUUGCUUGGCUAUACUAUGUGAAGUUCUAUGCCUGAACAAGUUUGGAUUUCUUUCAGGUUUUACUCUAACAUUUCUUGGCUUACAAUUGUUUUCUACUCUAAUUUUAAAGCUUAAUUUUAAACUUUUACAAUCAAUUUUAUAACAGCCUUGGUGUAAUAUGUUAGGGCACUCCCAAUGAGAGAAAGUUCUCCAAGAAAUCCAGUAAGACUAUUUUUAAUACUCUGAAGGUAUAUAAAUACCGAUGUUGAAACUAUUUUUAGUUUGAUCUUUUGUCUGAUUCACUGGUACAUACCAACUGUUUUGUACCAAGCGCAGUCAGAGCCUGGUAGCCAGCUGAACUGGGUUUACAACUUUGGAAGCUGCUAGACGAAUAACUUUCAUGUACUGUCUUGACUGGAAAAGAUUCACUUCCAGUUUGUGGUCAUACUGUAGCAGACACACCCCUCCCUUUGUGAUAAUAAAUAUGAAACAGUAUUCUGUGAUAUGGAUCUUUAAUAUAUUGACUGUCUUUGGAAGGCGCUACUGUAAAAAUUUUAAAAGCAUAAAAUACACUUUUUCUUAAUAUAGGUAAAACUUUGAGCCAGCAGUUUCCCACUUGGUGCCUCUGGUGCUUUAGAAGGUUUUUCCUUUUAAUGUUUCUUGAACAACUGUAUAAACCCAGAGGAUAACAGUCUGCCUGCAGGAGAGCACCAAGAAGGGCAGCUGUUGUUCUCGUCAGCAUUUUUUUGCUGAGCAAAAGCAAAAGCAUGUCAAAGCCAUCAGGACAGCUUAAUGCUACUACAUGCUAAAAAAGUCAUGCAUUAUUGUGACUGUUGGUACAUAAAGUCCUGCUGAAUCCCUGCCCAGCUGAAACCACUUCAUGGCCAAUUGAUUGUUUCUUCUUUUUUAAUUAAGCAAAAUGGGAGAAGAUGUAUAUGUUUUAAUUCAAACGGAAAACGAAGUAGCAGAUUCCAGAGACCUUACCUUUUCUUGUCUGUAUGUUUAGUUCAGCAAAAGGGUUUCUUAAGUUAAUGGAGAAAUUUUCUUGAAAGUACUAGUGCCUCCCUGUAUUUUAUAAUUUUGUUAGUUUAUGAAUAUUAAUUUUUUAAAAACCACCAAACUUAGUUCCAUCCUUUUGUUUAGAAACCUGUCAUUUUGGUGGGUUUAUGGGUUAAUUCAUUCCUUUUUGUCAGCUGUAUUUGUGAGGUAUUUUCACUGUAACUGCUUCGACCCAGAGCCUCCUGCUGUAAGAGGAACUUAACCAAAUGCAUGUUACUACUAUGCACACCAUUAUCCACCUUUUUGAUAAUGUUUUGCUUGGCUUUUAGUCUAUAAAAAUAGAAACAGUAAAGGGAAACAAAAUAGUCAAAACAGUAGCCUUCAAGAUUUUUUUCCUUGCAAUUUGAUGAAUUCCCAGUUGUAAUCUUUCUUGCUGUUUUCUUGAUUUUUUUUUUUCCUCAAAUGGUCAUCAAACCUCUUUUCUGAAUUCUCCCCCAUUGUAUUAUCUUUAUUCAAAAUAUAUCUUUAAGACCUCAUUAUACCCCUGUGAAAGAACACUUUACUCUCUGACAUGCAAUAGUUCUGACUUUUUUUAGAUCUUCAGGGGUUUUGCAUUCUUUUUUAUCCAGAUAUUUCUUUCAUAUCAGUCAUUGCUAAAACUCUGGUUUGUUUUAGUCAUCCAUCUGUGGAAAAGGCCUUGAAGAUGGUUUGCAGAAAUAUAUGGCACCUUUUAAUCUUCAGGAUAUUGGUUGAAGGCAUACCAAACCAGUUCUGACCAGAAUCUGUUUCCAAGCAAUAGUUUAGCAGUGUUAGUCUGCAGGUGUCAAUAUGACAAAGGCAUCUCCAUCUCUGGUAUCUUUAUUGCAAAUGUCAGUCUUCCCACUAUGGAGUAAAGGUCACUGAAGUGUACUCCCUGGAGUUCACAAUGUAGGGCUCAGGUUUGUUUAUAAUUUGCUGCCUGAACCGUGGGUUUUGUAGUAAUUACAUUCCUUCAGUGUUGUCAAUCCAGUAUCUUUUACAAACCUUGUCUUCCUCUUAAGGAACUUAAUUUUUGAAGGACAAAACAUAAUUUUUCGGUGUUUCUGCUAUUUUGUGGAUGUUACAUAUAUAACAUAUAGAGGUUUUCUAAUUAUUUUUUGUCUUCCAUCUACUUACUCCCUAAAUAGCUUUUAACUUUGAUAUAGUGCCUUUCAUUUAUGGAUAUUAAACUACUUGUUACCGAUCACUUACCUUUAUCAUGGAGGUGACCAGUUUCCAUUACCUUAUAUUCUUUGCCUCCCAACUGUUACUACCAUUCUGGAUGUAACCACUAGGACAUUUUUUGCCUAACAAUGACAGAAACUAGAUGUAAUUUACAAGAUUAGAGCAUAGCCUGCAUGCUGAGCUAUUUUCUAAUGGAACAGUUUGCAAUUGUUGGCUGCUUUCUGAUCAAUCAACAGAGUGUGAACCAUGAUAUCAGCAAAUGCUUUAUAAAAAAAAAUCAAACUAAAUAAGAAUCAAAAUUAAUAGUUAAAUUUUUCACCAGUAACCACUGCAGUCUUGAACAGUUUAAGUGUGAACUAGAUAACAUUUUAAGUGAUAAAGGCACCUAAUGUAUUGUACACAUAAUCAUAACUUCAGUCUGUCAAACCCAAGCAAUUUUAAUGCCUCCAAAGAACAUUAUGCAAUGAAGUAAAUGAGGGGGAAAAAAGACUUUUUUUACCACUCAGAAGUCUGUAUCAUGCUUUAGAAUGGACAUAUUCUUUAUUUUAACAUGAAUCACUGUCAAUGUCAUGGUUUAUACAAUUGUUUCAGAUAAAUUUCAUUUUUUUAUGGGAAGAUAAUCUAUUUAAGUUUGGGAAGGACCGCAUGGAUUUAUUUACUGAUCAAAGAAUGUCAUAAUGUUGAAUUUACCAAGUUUAGCCUUUGGUCUUAGAGGUUUUUUUUAAUCUGAAAAUAUUUGUUCUGUAGCUUAUCCUUGUGGUUUAUUGGUAUUAUUUCUCCUUACCAUAUGGGAACACCAGGCCCUGGUCUCCAGAGGAGUAAGCAGCAGGUCAAACAUUUUAUUUUGCAUUUGUAGACAGAUGAUUUGUGCAUAUUCAGACAUCUGUGGCCUUUGUGAUAACAAAAGCAAAAGGACUGGUUGUAUGAUUUGUUUUUGUUCGCUGACUAGGUGACGUGAAUCCUUGGGAUAAGAUUUCUUUGAUUAUUUGAAAAAAAUCCAUUUUAUGUGAACAUUCAUUGAAACUGUUGUUUUGUUCAAUAUAAAUUAACAGCUAAACCAUUCUUUAUACGUAUCUCAUUAAUUUAUAGGAUCUGCAAAUACAGCAAAAAUAAAUUAAUUUUAAAUGGG